CAUUUAAUUAAUUGUUUAGUCUUCUCCGAGCUGAAAGCAGCAUACAAAAAUGGGGGCUAGAUCUAAAUCUCUGGGAAUUUUAUUGUUCGCAACAUUGGUGCAAGCAAUUAAAGCGGAACAAAUUCGGAUAGGGUUUACUCAUUACAACGACAUUUUAGGACAGUAUCAGAGCUUCAAAGAGAACAAUGGGGAAAUUCAGCCAUGUGACAAAAUUACAGAUGUCGGCUGUUCUGCUGGCGUCGCAAGACUGAUGGGCCAUGUCAAGUCCAUAAAAGAAAACGAUUUUGGAGCAAUACAUGAAAGUUCCAAAUUUUUAGUAACGCCAGGAAAUAUUAUUUCGGGAGAACAUGGGUGGCUCUCCCUCUUGUCAGGGACUUAUGGAUGGGACGAUCCUUAUGAAGAAAUGGGCGAAACUUUGCAGUCAAGGUGGACAGGCUAUUUUUAUGAUACCAACUACUUCAGGCCGAAUGUUACGUCCUUAGGGCUCAAAGAAUUUGAAGGAGGACUCUCCAAUUUGCUCACAUUCCUCAAAGCUGCAGAAAUACGUCCCAUAGUGUCCAACAUAAAUUGCAGGGCACAGUACACGACGGACGAAGAAAGGGAAUUUUGUACCCUGGUGGAUAAUCAUCAAAAGGUCACAAUUUCAUCUUCUGAUGGGUACAAAAUAGGAUUCGUUGGCUAUGUCAAUCCACUUGUUGUUCAUUUAUCAGAACCAGGGCAAUUGGAAUUUAUUGAAGUAGUGUCUGCCGUGUCUCAAGUUGUCGAGACGGAGUUAUCAGACGUUGAUGUCGUAAUAGCUAUUGGAUCUGGAUCUGUUGACACUGCAAAGAGAAUACUUGACGGUGUCCCGAAAUUAAAAUUAAUUCUUCUUGGCGAUACCGCCGACAAUGUUGAAGGAGAAUACCCUUUGCAAUAUGGAGAAAAAUUCAUUGCCACUGCAGCAAAAUACGGAAAAUCCAUUGGAAAAUUAGAGCUUGAAGUGGAAACUACAACUGGAUCAGUUGGGGUAAUUUCCACGAAUUCUAGAGUUGUUCAGAAUAACGAUGCUGUACAAUAUGAUACUGAUGGUGAUAGUAAAAUUGAGAGCAUGUCAUCAACUACCAAAAGUGUCGGUGCCAAGAAUGUCAUCCUGUUAAAAAAGAACUUGGAUGAUUCGCAACAAUGCAAAAACAAGGAGUGUACACUGGGCAGGUUGAUUGCAGAUGCAAUGGUCCAUUGCGCUUUCAAAAAUGUGACUUCGGCUCCCUCAGAGCUCAUUGGCCUGUGGCAUUCUGGAGGGUUCUCAGCUCGAGACUACACUGAAUCUUCUAUCCUUCAAAUUUCAAAUACAAGAAAAUUCCUCCCGUACCAGAACAGUGCUGUUUUAGUCACUGUAAAUGGGACUAUUUUGAAGACAAUGUUCGAGUCAAGUGCAACAGGGAUCUCAGAACCUCCAAGACCUGAUUGGGGACAGUUUCUACACGUUUCACGUGGUGUCGAAGUUCAAUACAAAUUCAAUACACAAGCUGGAACGUAUUUAGUAAAGUCUCUGAAAGUUCUUCAGAAGGACCCUGUAACUGGUGGCUUUGUGAUAAAGGACGUUGAAGAUUCAGUUAAUUAUCAUGCUGUCAUUCCCAGUUUCUUGUAUAAUGGUCGAAGCGCAUUUUACUUUUUGCCUGGUACCUUUGGUAAAGUUGGAAAUAUUGAUAAAAUCGACAUAGGGAAAGAUUAUCAGUGUCUUGAUGGCUAUUUGCAAGCACUUGGUGUUUUGGGCUACAACGCGGAACAUGAUCGAAUACUAAUUGAAGGUGACGAGCAUGACGAUGGUUCCACGACGAGUGCUCCUAUUAUCACAAGUCCCCCAAGCACAAGUACUACGACGACAGCACCUCCGACUACCGUUGACAGCACAACAAUUGGUGAUAUCCACACGAAAACCGAAGCCAGCACUACAACUACUACGGCUGCUUACCCUGAAACUGAAACUACUUCGGAGGCUGCCGUAAGAAGCACCACGCCUGACGCCUCUCAAGUGAAAGACGCUGAAUGUGGGGCUUAUUACUAUGAUCCAAGGACCAUACUUGAAUUGUCUUUGGCAACUUCUGGUCUUACAGUAAUAUUCCUCACCUCCAUUUCCAUCAUAGUGACUGGAAUUUAUUUAAUGCUUAACCGUAAGGGAAGAGCGACCAGUGCUCGCUCAGCAGACGACUGGUCACAAUUAAAUAAUGACCAAAUUACAAUUAUUAGUCAGCCAACAAAGAACUAGCAGUUGCGCUACAUAUACAAGCUACACAUAUAAUUAUUAUCAGCAUAAAGUUAUUUAUGAAUGAGCCAAUUAAAAAAUAUAUACGUCACACGAGCACAAUGCCGAAACAACAGGAAAUAUUUUCUCCAGCAACAUGGCUAUAGUUUGGUCGGAUUAAUCACACAGUUCGUAAAAUCAGCAACAUUGUCGGACCCUUCCUAUUAACGACGAGUUAUUAACACGCCCAUGUUCUUAAUGACCCUUCACUCCACUUCACAACAGCCUGCACUCACACACAUGUUUAAUGCCAAACUCGUAAACUUUUAAGGUUUUCACUACAUCCUGCAAAAUGAUGGUUCUCUUGCGUGUUUAGAUGCCGAGUACAAUAAAAUAUAAAACAACAAAGUACG